UCUUGUGCAAAUAAUUCCUCUCUGAUAUAAAGGAGAUUUUGACGAAAAUUAAUCUUACACUUCACUCCAGACCCACAGCAGCUACUAAAUAGGAACCAGCUUAUCAAAACUUAUCCAUUGUUCAUAAAUCUGUAACAGAUACAUACAUAAAUCCAAAAAAUGUCUCUCGUCGAACAACCCCUGGACCCAAUCGAGACUUUGAAUACCGUCGAGACCGUGUUGAACACCAACAUUUCGAAAGGGCACCAGUUAUUCGACGACUUUUGUGAAGUCGAGGCGACGCUGCGGAAGCGGACGAAGGAUCCCAAAUUCCAAAAAUAUGGAGAUAAGAUUGAAAAGGUGCUGAAGAACGUGGAGGCAAGUAAGGAUCAAGCGGUGGACCAAUUGUUAGAUCAGGAGGACAGGAAAGUGCACGUUCAGCUGCGAAGAUUCGAAGACGAAGUGACGACGGCAAGAAUACUCGAGGAAAGCGUGGCUGCCGUGAGAAACUGCUUCCUCCGAAUUCCACUUCCGGGGACGCGUUUCUUCUACGCCAUCGAGACCCCAAAAGAAUUUGGGUACCAUUUGUUCAUACUUGUCCUGCUCUUUUGGGUGUUUAAAUUACUGUUAAGUUUUUGAAAAGAUGCACUUAUGUACAUAAUUAGGUUGGAUUUUACCGUUAAUAAAUUUUUCAGCGUUGGUUAAAAAGUUGGUUAUUUAUAAGUCUA